CACGGACUUGCCAAUUUCUCCGAUCAAGUUAAUGUUAUUGAUUGAUCUUGAACGUACAUUAAUUCCUCUUUGAUCCACUCGUCCCUCUCGCUCCUCACGCAACAUUCUUACAAUGGCUCAGGCUUUCAACAAACUCGGAGGAAUCUUCCCCAAGGGCAGCGGAAAGGGCCUUGUUGGUGGCGCAGGUGCCUUGAUCACCAUUGGUGCUCUAGGCUAUGGUCUCAAUGCAGCACUCUUCAACGUUGAUGGAGGUCACCGCGCUGUCAAGUAUUCUCGUGUCUUUGGCGUUCAGAAGGAGAUCUACAACGAAGGAACUCACUUUGUCAUCCCUUGGUUUGAAACUCCAAUUAUUUAUGAUGUCCGUGCAAAGCCCAGAAACGUUGCUUCUUUGACUGGAACGAAAGAUCUUCAGAUGGUCAACAUCACUGUUCGUGUACUUUCUCGCCCCCGCGUCAACGAUUUAGCAGAGAUCUAUCGCACAUUGGGACAGGAUUAUGACGAACGUGUGUUGCCUUCAAUUAUCAACGAGGUCUCCAAGUCGGUUGUUGCCCAGUUCAACGCCUCUCAGCUCAUUACUCAACGUGACCGUGUCUCACGUCUCGUUCGUGAGAACCUGAUCAAGCGUGCGGCUCGCUUCAAUAUUGUUCUGGAUGAUGUCUCGAUCGUACAUAUGGCCUUCUCACCUGAAUUCACUCAGGCUGUUGAGGCUAAGCAGAUUGCUCAACAGGAGGCUCAGCGUGCUGCUUUCGUUGUUGACCGUGCCAUCCAAGAGAAGCAGUCCAUCAUUGUCAAGGCUGAGGGAGAGGCUCGAUCUGCUGAGCUUAUUGGUGAAGCAAUCAAGAACCAGCCUGGAUUCAUCCAACUGAGAAAGAUUGAAGUUGCUCGUGAGAUCGCAUCCAUUAUCUCCCAUUCUUCCAACCGUGUCAUGUUGGACGCUGAUACAUUGCUGUUGAACGUUACCGAGCCAAAGAAAGAGGCUCAGACAAAGAAUUAAAGAAGGUGUUGGCAUCUUGUCAGGAUAGCGUCAAUAUUUCUCCGUAGCUUGUGUGAGGGAGCGACUGGAUCACGGAUGGUGUUUUUUUAUUAUUUCAGAUUCAAUAAUCAAAGAUACAAAAAAAA